GUGCUGCCUAUUGGUUCAUCAGGGAGCGACGUGUCUGUAAAGAUGGCUUCAGAGUGCUGUUCCUCGGAAAGAGGCAUGUAGUUUUUAGCCUGAUCUGGAGUUUUGGGUGGUAGCCAGCCUGGCCUUGUACCGGCUCCUGCAACAAUCCGAUGUGGUUAAAGGGACCUGGGCUUUGUUUCUGCUUCUUGUACCUGGCUUUUUAUUUUACCAACAAGUAUGUCCUUUCGCAAUUGAAGUUUACUUAUCCCACAAUUUUUCAAGGUUGGCAGACACUUGUGGGAAGUUUAUUUCUUCAGACUGCCUGGAAACUAGGAAGGGUGGAGAUCAGGAAAAAUGUUCUAUGGUCUGCCAAGGUUUCCUGGAUCCCUGGUGCAUUACUGUUUGUGGGUAAUAUUUAUGCAGGUUCCCGGGCAUUAUCUAAACUGCCUAUUCCAUUCUUCUUGCUGCUUCAGAAUACGUCUGAGGUUAUUGUCAGCAUAUUCCUGAAAAUUGCCAGGAAAGAGAAAUUGUCUUGGCCUAAGUUCCUCAGUAUGUUUAUGUUUCCUUUAUCUGCUGUCAUUUUGGCAUACAGUGACCCUCAGUUUGACCCAGGAGGCUAUAUCUGGGCAAUGAUACAUGUUCUCAGUGUUGGUGCGUACAAGGUGUUUCAGAAGCUAACAAAGUCGUAUUCACUAAGUGAGCUGGAGGAGCAAUUCUUAAACUACUUAUACAGUGUGCUGAUAUUGAUCUUACUGGCUCAGCUUUCAGGUGACGUUUAUGGUGCUUUGGAGUUUCCAUUCCUCAAUUCCAACCGAUUUCGCAGCAGCUGCUGUGCAAGUGGAAUUUUGGGGGUGUCCUUGCUUUUGGUUUCUGUAACUGUGAAGAGCAAUCUGUCUUCAGAACAGUAUGGUACAUUGAGACUGCUAACAAAGCCUCAUAUUUUGUGCACUGGGAGAAGCCUUACUUGUUUAUGGCGAGAGAAAUGGAGCGGAAAUCAAGGGAUGAAGAUGGUGCCAUGUAUCUUCUUGUUUCAAAGCCUGUUUCUCAAAAGAAAGGACAUUCAGGUUACAAUUUUCGGUGGUAAAGCAAUUUUCCCUUUCCCUCCUUUCUACAAGUAGACAUGAUUCAAGAAUCCCUAGAGAGCUCAGUGAUUAAGAUUUCACCUCAAGGCCUUGGAUAUACAUUUUUUUUUAACUGUGCCCUGUGAGAAUCUAAAGAGGAAGAAAACGGCAUUGUAUCUGGUGACAACAUUGUGUGUGUGAACUACUUUUAGCUUUACCUUCUCAUGCUGGGAACUGGAUCACUGCAGUCAAUUCACAACAGAAACAGGAAAUGUACUACUCUCCUCUGGUUGCCCCAGCCCUGUGAAAAGGCCUUAGAGAGGAUUACUGUGAGCAAUGCAGCAACGCAAAUAAAGAUGAUUUAAAUAGAUUGUGAUUUUUUUUCCAAAGAUAUAAAUAUGAAUAUGCUUUUAAAUGCAUUCUUAUUGUUCUGAUGUCAUGCCAUUAAAUAAGAUACAAUUGGAGAGUGUUGCAGGGAGAAUUGUCUUUCACAAACUGUUUGGCUUUCAAUCCCAGUUGCAUUGCAGCAUGUAAAAUAUUAACAGAUAUAUUCUAAAUGAUAUUAUGCCAGUCAAGUUUACCUUUUCAUUUAUUUCUCAUAAAUGCUAAAAUAUCCUCUUCCAAGAUGACAUCUUUUAAACUUUCAUUUAAAUAGAAGGCAGCCAGAAAUAAUGGAACUUGACUAUGAUGAAAACAAGAGGUAAAACUCUUGAAAUGAGAUGUUAUAAUUUAUAUAAAUGUUUGUGUGUUAGUAUCCAAGGGUCAAAGUGGAUUUGCAGUAUGUCCCUCAAAUUGGCCGAACAUUAAAGUGUUUUUUUUAAUAAUC